AUGACGACCGCCGCACCUUUCUCUGGUCCAGUCGGAAAUUCCAGAUGGUCACUUGCUGGAAUGACUGCUGUCGUCACCGGUGGUACACUUGGGAUCGGCUAUGCUGUGGUGGAGGAACUGGCGGAGUUAGGAGCAGAAGUGCACACCUGCUCACAGUUUACCGCAGAAGAGUAUUCCAUGAUCAUGGCUACCAAUUUGGAAUCUUGUUACCAUAUAUGUCAACUUUCACAUCCUCUUUUAAAAGCUUCUGGAGCUGGAAACAUUGUUUUGAUUUCAUCUGUUACUGGUCUGGUUCACGUUUCUGUUGGGUCUGUUUACAGUGCCACCAAAGGUGCCAUGAAUCAGCUUGCAAAGAACUUCGCAUGUGAAUGGGGUAAAGAUAACAUUAGGACUAAUAGUGUAGCACCAUGGUUCACUAAAACCCCACUCAUCGAGCAUCUUGUUGAAAGCGUGGAGUUUCUGGAAGCUGUGGCAUCUAGAACUCCUCUGAAACGCGUUGCAGAACCAAAUGAAGUUUCAUCUCUGGUAGCGUUCCUUUGCAUGCCUGCUGCUUCUUACAUCACUGGCCAAACCAUUGCUGUUGAUGGUGGAUUUACGGUCAAUGGAUUCCCGUGAAUGCAGCAACGUACGUACGA